CCCGAUGACGUUUGACAUUUGUUUACGUAUAUACAAAACUGGUUACGCUCGCACACACAACUUCACCCGGAGUAGAAACUUAUACCGCUUCCACAGAACGGGAACAUUCCUAUUUUUCAGUUAGAAAGUAUUUUUUUCAUUACCGUCACAACUUUGUCGUCGGCGAUUUACUGAACGCUUCAACCGACGGGCAAAGCACUACUUAUUCGUAGUGAAAUUACGGGCAGAAAAGUCGCUUCAUGGAGAAAUAUCUCGCUGAGGCUUUAUUGGUGAAUGUAAUCGUGUGCUAGUGUUUGCCACGGUGCGUGAAGGGUGUGAGAGAAGCGAAACUGGCACAGGGGGUGGACGGAGAAAGCGGCUGAUCGUAAAUGCUCUCUCACAUAAUAUAGCCCAUUGUUAUCUGAGGCGGACCCGAAAAACCGUGGCGGUUCCCGGUGUGCAUGCGACAGCAGCAGCAGAAAUUUGGACACGUAGUCAAAUUGCUCGCCAACCGGUACGAUGCGCGUGACGAACAUACGGGGCGGCCGGAUUUUCCGGAUCGCAGUUAGCCUGGCAAUCGUGAUCAUGAUCCUGUACAUGAUUGCGACCUGGUCCGGCGUGGACCACCACACGGUGAAGGACGCGUACAAUGCCCGGCUGGCGGCGAUGCGUGGACACGGCGGUGACGUCGGCAACGGCGAGCAGGACCGGAACCACCCGAAGGAGGUGCCGCAGCUGGUGGAGGGCCUGGGCAACUUCGAGCCGGCAGACAAACCGAUGGUGGACGGUCCGGGCGAGGGCGGCAAGGCGUACGUGCUGCCUGAGGACCAGCAAAACCGGGCGACCGAUGCGGAGAUGGAGUACGGCAUGAACAUCGUGGUGUCGGAUGCGAUCUCGCUCGAUCGCACGAUCAAGGACACGCGGCUGGAGGAGUGCAAGCAUUGGGACUACCCGUACCACCUGCCGCGCACCAGCGUCGUGAUCGUGUUCCACAACGAGGGUUUCAGCGUGCUGAUGCGCACGGUCCACUCGGUGCUGAACCGCUCGCCGAAGCACCUGCUGCACGAGAUCAUCCUCGUGGACGACUACUCGGACAAGGAGGACCUGAAGGGCAAGCUGGAGCGGUACAUCGAGCGGUUCGACGGCAUGGUGCGCCUGAUACGGAACAGCGAGCGCGAGGGCCUGAUCCGGACGCGGUCGCGCGGCGCCAAGGAAGCGACCGGCGAGGUGAUCGUGUACCUGGACGCCCACUGUGAGGUCAACACGAACUGGCUGCCGCCGCUGCUGGCACCGAUCCACCGGGACCGCACCGUCAUGACCGUCCCGAUCAUCGACGGCAUCGACCACAAGACGUUCGAGUACCGGCCGGUGUACGCGGACGGGCACCACUACCGUGGCAUCUUCGAGUGGGGCAUGCUGUACAAGGAGAACGAGGUGCCGCGGCGGGAGCAGAAGCGCCGCAAGCACGACAGCGAGCCGUACCGCAGCCCGACCCACGCCGGCGGCCUGUUCGCCAUCAACCGGAAGUUUUUCCUCGAGCUGGGCGCGUACGAUUCCGGCCUGCUCGUCUGGGGUGGCGAGAACUUCGAGCUGAGCUUCAAGAUUUGGCAGUGCGGCGGCAGCAUCGAGUGGGUGCCGUGCUCGCGCGUCGGCCACGUCUACCGCGGCUUCAUGCCGUACAACUUCGGCAAGCUCGCGAACAAGAAGAAGGGCCCGCUGAUUACGAUCAACUACAAGCGCGUCAUCGAGACGUGGUUCGACGGGCCGUACAAGGAGUACUUCUACACGCGCGAGCCGCUCGCCCGCUUCCUCGACAUGGGCGACAUCAGCGAGCAGCUAGCGCUGAAGGAGCGGCUGCAGUGCAAGAGCUUCCAGUGGUACAUGGACAACGUGGCGUACGACGUGCUGGACAAGUACCCGAUGCUGCCGGCGAACGUGAAGUGGGGCGAGCUGCAGAACGUCGGCAAGGAGAAGUGCGUGGACGCGCUCGGCCGGCAGCCGCCCGCCGUCAUCGGGCUGCAGCAAUGCCAUGGCCAGGGCCACAACCAGCUUAUUCGGCUGAACGGUGCGGGCCAGCUGGGCGUGGGGGAGCGCUGCAUCGAGGCGUACAACUCCGAGAUCAAGCUCGCCUUCUGCCGGCUCGGCACGGUCGACGGACCGUGGCAGUACGACGAGCAGUCCGGCACGCUGCUACACCGAACGCACAAAAAGUGUAUGGGCUACCAGCCGCAAACCCGCCAGCUAGCGCUGAUGCCGUGCGACAUUAACAACGCGUACCAGUCGUGGAAGUUUAAAGAAAUCCAACCGCACUGGUAAGGGCGUACCUCGGACACGGGGGCGGCCUCCCUUUUGCAAUCGAACCGGCACGCGAGCGGUGCUCCUUUGCGGCAGCAAGGACGAAGGGGGAGACGCUGGUGAUUAGUUGAGUAUUCUAGUACGGUAGUAUCAUCGGGAGGCUGAAACUUAUCAAUCAAAGGCAUCGAUGAAACCGACCGUUUUCGUGAAGUCGCGUACACACAUUAUUUCGCUGAGGGAAGGGUUCGCUAUUAAACAAUAGAAUGGACAUGCUUGUUGUAAAAAAAAAAGAAGAAAGUAUGGUUAACGAGCCAACCAUAGCACACAACAAUAAACGGUUGGGGCCGAGAGAAGACUGCUGAAAGCAUUUUGUGGAACAAUAUAGGUUAUCAAUAUCAACAACAGCAACAAUCAACAAUUUCAGUCCAACGGCAUUUGCGCGAAUGCGCUUCUAAGUUAAUCGUAUAUGCGUUGUGAAAAGCAGUUUAGCGGAGUUGUAGAAUUUCUGGAAGAUUCACCGAUGUUAUGCAAAAAGAAAAAAACAAACAAACAAAAAUUAAGGAUUGAAUAAACAAUUAGUGAUACUUGACUAGACAAAA